AUGUACUCCAGCUCUCAUGCUCAGAUGGCUCCGCCCCAGCAGCGCUCCGUUGCUCCUGAAACCUUUCUAUUAGAUCAGGACGCGCAACAAAGCCUGCCGCCAGACUCGAUUGUAGCGCUCCAGCAGGUCGAUAAUUUAAAAUACUUUCUCAUAUCUGCGCCUGUCGACUGGCAACCCGAUCAAUACAUUCGCAGGUUUCUGCUACCCACGGGCGAAUAUGUCUCGUGUGUGCUGUGGAACAACCUCUUCCACAUCUCCGGCACCGAUAUUGUCCGCUGUCUUUCCUUUCGCUUCCAGGCUUUUGGUCGUCCUGUGAAGAACUCCAAGAAGUUCGAGGAAGGUAUCUUUUCGGAUCUGCGCAAUCUCAAGUCGGGCACGGAUGCGUCGCUGGAGGAGCCAAAGAGCGCGUUCCUUGAUUUCCUGUACAAGAACAACUGCAUUCGUACCCAGAAGAAGCAGAAGGUCUUUUACUGGUAUAGUGUGCCCCAUGACAGGCUGUUCCUAGACGCGCUUGAGCGUGAUUUGAAGCGGGAGAAGAUGGGGCAGGAGGCCACCACCAUGGCCGUCAGCGAGCCGGCCCUGUCCUUUGAGUUUGACUCGUCGCAGUCGCUGUUUGAGCAAUUGACAAAGGCACAACAGACAAACUCCUCCUCCUUCAACAGCAACAACAAUACCAGCAGUGUUCAGAACUAUUCGCACUCGACCUCUCCAGUCAUGCGCGCCAUCGACUCCAUGCCCCCGCCUCAGAUGAUGCCACAGAGCCUGCCCCCAGCCGUCUCUGCUGACGACUCGUUGAACCACAUGGCUGCCUUCAAUCACCACCACAUGGCCAUGCCCGCCUCCAGCAUGGCCAACCCUGCGCACACCAUCAUCAAGAGUCGGGAGCGCGAAUACACCCCAAGUGCUGGUCAGUUUGACCGCAAUGGUAUCCCCAUCUCUCAGGUCCACCAGCGCCAUAGCUCAAUGCCUGCAUACAUGGAAUACUCCCCUGCCCCCUCCUUUGUGUCCUCACACUACGAUGACUAUAGCAAUCGUGGUCUCUCCUUUGAGCCAAUCACCCCUCCCCAGCAGCACAUGGGCAUGGGCACUGAGCCUGCCUACAUUGCCAAUGAAGAGACUGGUCUCUACACGGCCAUCCCGGACAUGGGUGUCUCGCACAGCUUCAAUCCGUUAAUGCAACUUCCCCCCUCAAACCUGUCUGGGCCCCAAUUCCCCAGCAUGUCCAGACCCUUCCCUUCAGGCAAUGUCUACAACGUUAUUGAAGGCUCACCCACCUACAAGCAGAGGCGGCGCAGAUCCUCCAUUUCCGCCAGCGCCGUUGCCGCCGCUGCCGUCACUGCGACCGGUGGUGGUGGUGGCGCACAGUCACACACAGUCCACCGACCCAGUGAAUUGCGUAGAUCAAUGUCUGCUUCUGUCGCUCCUGUCCCGGAGACUGACGAGUCUGCACAAAACUCGCCACAGAGCGCUGCAGUGGCCCAGAUCCCGAAUGCCGCCGACUACCACAACAACCACGUCAACUCGCACAAAGUUGACGUUCAGGCCUCCCGACAUGGAACUCCUCUGGCAACCAUUGAAGGCAGUCCUGUGCAGCAACCGGCCAUGCUCGCCCACGAAGACUUUGGCAACAUGACGACGACGACACACAGCGACUACGAGCCGAUGCAACACAACAUGGCUCGCAAUCCCGCUCCGGGGGGAAUCUACCGACGCGCGCGCAGUGCCACCAUGAUGGAGCUUGGACCGUAUCCCCAGAAGUCGCAUUCAUGCCCAAUUCCCACCUGUGGUCGAUUGUUCAGGCGAUUGGAGCACCUCAAGAGGCACGUGAGGACCCACACCCAAGAACGACCAUACGUUUGCUCUCUCUGCAACAAGGCCUUUUCGCGCUCUGACAAUCUCGCACAACAUCGCCGCACCCAUGAGCCACGCCAAGAAGGCGACCCACUUCCCUUUGACGAAGAGGAUCUCGAGGGCGAAGAAGAGGGUCUCGGCUCUCUCGAGGAAGAAGAGUCGCCAGAACCUUCAAACGACUAUCUCCACCAUCUGUCCAUGCCGGCGGCUAUUUCGGAUAUUCCUGGCCCCAUGGGUAACGGAAUGCACGCGCCACACCAACUCAUCGCUGCGCACAACUACUAG